AUGUCGUAUAUUUUUCAGGAAGCAACAUUUAGGGCUGAGGGGAACAUAGGCAUUUUCUUGUUGACCAUUGUGUGUGGUGACAGAGACUUAUGGGUGGUAUCAGAAGCAUUGGAUUGUAUAUUUGAUGUUUUUGGGGAAGAUCAUCUUGACCCUGUUGCUCAGGAGAUAGGUCUCACAGAGAGACUGUCCAAAUUAAUACCAGACAUGAAAGCAAGAGUAAAUAUGGUUAAAAAGAAACCAGAUGAACAUUAUCCUGUAAUUUCUACAGCAAGAACAAACCUGAUUCGGUUUGUGAAAUACAAACUUUCCAAGAAGAAGUCAUAAGAGUGAUUUUAAUUUAUAAUAAUACAUGUAAUAUUAUAUUGAGGUAGAGCUGGAUUGUUGACAUUUUAUGAAUUUUAUUGAUUGCAAUACCUUGUUUUGAAGAGAUUUGAUAUUAGUGAUAUAAAACACAUAUGUCAUGUGUUGGUUCAUAUGAAUAUUAUACAUGUACAAGGUUCAUGUAGGUGCUGUGUAUACCAGUUGUUUUGAUUAAAGA